GAACAAAAUAUUGGUUGGGACAAUUGUGUCUUUCCCAAACUUUGGUCGUGACUAGUAUUACAUUUUUACACAUUACAUCUUUAAUUACAAGGCCAACACUAGCUAAUCACGGUGGGCGGGCAUCAUAUAAAUGCGACAGGGAUUCCCUUAGCUCCCUCCUGACAUCAAACGCGUGUCCCGCUUCCGGUCUGCCGGACAUCCGCCGCUGUGCGGGUACGCAAGAAUGCGGCAGCAUUGUUUCUCCCGGUCAUACUGUUCUGGUGUUAUAUUGGCUUUCAUUGUUUUGUAGACAAUCUCUGGGGCUCCCCUCGUCCUGUACAGGUGAUUCACCUGCGGAUCUGUCGGAGAGUCUCAAUUAGGUCCUGAAGUGAUUGUACUAUGGUGUCCUGUUAGUGACCGUGUCUUGCUUAUAUAGCUGCCGGUAGCUACGCUACAUGCCCUCCUCCCCCCUUCUGGAGCUGACGAAUAUUGCCUGAUCGGUAAGGUGAUUUUAUUCUGUUAGUUUAUAUACUUUGGUGUUAAUGAUUAUUCUAUUAAUUCUAUGUCAUCCCGUAUCACAGGGGACUUUUGGUUGGGUUCGAGCGGAACGCGGCAGAAAGCGGCUACAACUAACUCGGCUUACGUUCAAGGACGCUGCUGUUUUGUUUACCGGUGUUUUACCUACGGCCGUGUUCAACUAACGGCUUUGGCCUACUGGGUUCGUCUACCCUGACCUGCGCUGUGUCGCCUACAGAGUCUGACGCUGCUAUUGUCAGCACUGCGCCCCUGUCUUGUGCUGUUUGCUGUCAGCAGCACCCUUGUUUUAAUGAGAACCUCUUUUUAGCCUGAGCCAUUCUGUGUAUUCUGACCAGGGAUGUUAAGGCCCACUCUGGCCUUUAGUUUAUAUAAAUUGGGUUACUGAUCACCCCCCCCUGGCUGAUCAGUUAACCCGAGCUAUUUUUGUUGUUUUGUCUUUUUCAUAUUUUUUCCUUUUGUUUGAUUUUCUUUCCUGAGAACCAGAGCCUUUUUGUAAUUGUGUCCUUUGUCCCUGUAGGAGCUGCCAAGCCAAGGUGGUGGGGUUGGUGCCUCCGGGUGUUGGUGUCUCCCUUCGUGUGCUGUGUAGUUUGGUGUGCCCCUGGUUAGGAACCCUCACGUGUGGUUGUGUGUGUGAGUGUUGUGUACACGUGUGAUCGGGGUGCCUCCUCUUUUGGGAUCCUCACCUGCACUGGUCCACCUCGCCACUGGUAAGCCGCAGUCCUACUCCUCUUUUAGUAUUUUGUGUAUAAACCAUAACGGUGAAUUAAUACUGUAACAGAAUAAAGAUUAUUUUUGUAUUGGAACCACGUCUCAGGCUAAUCUGUAUAAUGAACCUGAAGUGUCCUCUGAAUCCUGAUACUGUGUGGGAAAAGUGAAUCCUUAGGUGCAAUUCCUAAGGUGGCGUUGUUGUGCUCUAACUAUUGGCUGUCCACGUAACUUUAAACGACAUUCCGUCUACCUCACGCCACACCACUAUGGGACUUUGAGUAUCUGACUGUUGUUUGUGCCUAUGCACCGAACAGAGGUUCAGAGUACCCAGCCUUCUUUGAGUUUUUGGGUGCAGUUUUGGAAAGGGAGCCAUUUGGAGACUAUAGUUCUGCUGGGGGACUUCAAUGCUCAUGUGGGUAACAAUGGAGAAACCUGGAGAGGGGUGAUUGACAGGAACAGCCUGCAUGAUCUGAACCCAAGAUGUGCAUUGUUGUUGGACUUCUGUGCUAGUCAUGGAUUGGCUAUAACAAACACCAUGUUCGAGUAUAAGGCGGGUUCAUAAGUGUACUUGAUACCAGAAUAGUAUCAACAGUAUCAAGUAUGCAGUUCAGUGCUGCAGACAUUGUUCGGGGCCGUUGUGUCAAAAAGGGAACUGAGCCAGAAGGCAAAGCUCUCGAUUUACCAGUCCAUGUACGUUUCGACCCUCACAUAUGGUCAUGAGCUUUGGGUCAAGACCAAAAGAAUGAGAUCAUGGAUACAAGCAGCCGAAAUUAGCUUCCUUCGUAGGGUGGCUGUGCUCAGCGUUAAUGACAGGGUGAGGAGCUGAGACAUCCUAAGGGAGCUUGGAGUAGAGCCGCUGCUCCUUCACGUCGAAUGGGGCCAGCUGAAGUGGUUUGGGCAUCUGAUCAGGAUCUUUCCCUUUAGAGGUUUUCCUGGCACGUCCAACUGGUAAGAGGCCCCAGUGUAGACCCAGAACACGCUGGAGAGAUUACAUACCUCGUCUGGCCUGGGAACACCUCGGGGUUCCCCAGGAAAACCUGGAAAGGGUUGCUGGGGAGAGGAACGUCUGGAAUGCCUUCCUAAACCUGAUGCCCCUGUGACCUGCCCCUGGAUAAGCGGAAGUUAAUAGAUGGAUGUUUGAGAUUUGGUGAACUUCAAGCUUGGCCAAUUACUCUAUAAAGAUACAUUGUAUAAAGUGAGUCAGUAACGUAAAUUGAAUUUUGUACAGUAUGUCUACAGAAGAAACAUAACACAUGUAUUAACAGUUAAAAAUAGUAAAUUUGUGAAUAUUUUACAAAUAAAGAGAAGUUGUUACUGAUUCAAAAUAUAUAUACAAAAUACAAGGAUUAGGAUAUGACAUUAGGGUCAAUUAAAAUUUCAGUUUCUCUGGGGACACAAAGAUGCAUUUCUGAAAAUUAAUAUAAAAGGAUUGGCCUAUUUAUUACCAUGAUUGUUUAAGUUGUAUGAAUUGAAAUUGACCGGAAUAGAAAACUAACUUAAUCUAAACUUAGUCUAUUGGAGAGAGGUAAACGGAAGGUCCAAAACCCACAUGUCAAAGCACUCUCCCUAUUACUUAUGUUAGCUCUCAGCAUAACAUAUCAAUGAAGGUACAUGUUAUUUUCCAUCAAAACUAAGUCGGAUGUGUCUGUGUAUUUCCUGUUACUUAGGAAUGUAGUUGCUCUUAAACACAGCUACAUCCCUGUGGCCACCCUCAACCCCCCCCCCCCACCUAAAACAAAAAAGGUGGGGGUCAUAAAACCUUGUAGACUCUGUUCUUAUGGGGGUCUUAUACUUCAUAAAUUGGUUUGAGUGUCAAGAUUGACCCCAAGUUGCAGUGUCUUAUCUCUGAGUUUAUCGAGGCACGUGGUAAAUUGAGGGUCCAACCUCUUAGUGACCUAGGGAUCCUAAAAGUAGUUUCUGGGAGAAGUUUGUCAAAAUUUUAAGAUUAAAGUUUUUUUUAUCAUUGUCAUUAUCCCAUUUCAGUUUUUAUCAUCUUCCCAUCAUCAUUCACUACAUUCCUGACUAUUAUUUAAUUAUUUUUAUCUUUUACUCAACUCACUUUAGGUUGAUCCGAAAUGAGACGCUCAACAAUGGAGCUGCCUCCCACAAUUGAAAAAUGGACCAAGGAAGACGUCCACCAGUGGCUGAUGACAGUGGUCAAAGUUCAGGAGACUUAUGCCGACAAAUUCUGUGAAGAGGACGUGUCUGGAGACAGUUUUGUUUUCUUUGAAAAGAAAGACAUAUUGGACUUGGGAAUAAAUCAUGGUCCUGCUGUAAAAAUCAAAUUUUAUCUAGAAAGUCUGAAAGAAGGACAACAUGAAUCACAGUUCCCACCAUAUGUGAAAAACUGGACAAAGGAGGAAGUGAACCAGUGGUUACUGCAGCAUGUUAACAUAUAUAGCAAAUAUGCAGAACGACUCCAAGAGGAAGAUGUGUCUGGAGAUUGCCUUGUUUGCUUCAAAAAGCAGGAUUUUCUAGAACUGGAUUUGAAAAAUGGUCCUGCUGUGAAGAUUCUGGCAGAACUCCAUCAGCUGCGCAAUAAACCAGAGCCAACACUGCAACCAAUCCUUCACACCACCACAGACCAAAAAGAAUUUCCAAAACCCACUCAACCUGAACUGGGUCUGGCUCAGGCCCUAGCAAUCAAACAACCAAAUUUCUAUUACAAAACUGAAUCAAAAACAGACAAAAUGGUGAAAAAGGAAUCUGAAAAGGCUCAGCUACCAUUCCAAAAAGUUUCAGAGAAGGAGGGAAUUCAGCAGCCAAAGCCACAGGACUUAGGGGCCAGGAGAAAAGGAGCUAUUGUGACCACAGACAUAUCAAAGAUCACUGUGGAGAUCCAGAAAAUCCUAGCCAACCUCUAUGAAGCUGACCUAAAAGACUUUCAGUUCUACUUACAAGAAUAUGGUGCACCUGAGCAUGAACAUAUUCCUCGAGGUAAACUGGAGGGCAAGGACAUCAUUGACACCACUACGUUAAUGACUGACCACUAUGGAAGCAAGGAGGCUUUACAGGUCACAAUAGACAUUCUGAAAGAAAUCAAUCAACGGGAACUUGCUCAUCAGCUGGAAAAGAACAUGGGUAAGACAACCAAUGCAAAUAUGUAUUCAAUCUGGGAAGUUGCAUUAAUUUGAAAAUACAUUGUUUUUGUAUUCUGCUGAUAGUCUGCAUUAUUUCGUAAUGUUUUCUAUACUAGCUUGUUGACACGUACUAACUGACAUAUUUAAUUAAGUCUUUCAACAAAGACCAAAAACACUGAAACAAUGAACUGAUCCCACAAAUAAUAUUAACUUGUGUAGUCAAAGCCUGAUCUUCAUCCUCUUUGCCACAGAGCUCUAUUGUUGUCCAACAACUAUUAAAAACACAUUACGAGUCGCAAUGUUGCACUGGGUGACAUGUUCCUUCAUCACC